CAGUUUGGAGCCUCGCCUACGGCCGUGAAACCGCCGGCACGGCCCCGGGCAGGCGACCCCCCCCCGGCUCCCGGCUCCCCCCUUUCCGAGCCGAGCCGCGGGGGCGGCGGUCAGGAUUAGGUUUCAGGCCGCCGGGGCGUGCCUCAGCGGCUGCCCCGCGGCGCAGCGCGGCCGGCGCCGUUACUCGGGGGCGGGCCGGGCGAAGGCGGAGAGCGGAGCCGGGCGGGAAAAUACUGUAUUUGCUACCACUUACCAUAUUGGAGUAGAAGCCGAGAAGCUGAAAAAAUGUUGGAAACAAUUGAUACACAUCGGGCUCUCCAGGCCGUAGAGCGCUUACAGGCGAAGCUUCGCGAUCGAGGUGACAUCGCACAUGAGGAAAAACUGAGCUUAUUAAAAUCGGUGCUGCAGAGUCCUCUUUUCAACCAAAUUCUCAACCUUCAGACUUCUGUUCAACAGCUGAGAGAUCAGGUAAAUAUCCCUCCUUCCAUACAUUCCACUGGUGAGUUCCCCCAGCUUCUCCACCAUGGUGUGAAUGUGGGGUCCUUACCACAUAAUGAGUCAUAUUUGUUGGCUCAGCAGAAUGGCAGCCCAGCUAAUGUGCUAGAAGCAUCGAUGAGAUCCAUCACUCCUCAGAUUAAUGGGAAAUCUUCUAGUGAUGACUUUGAGCAGCUGAUCAGAACUAUGUCCCAGGGUCGUCUUGUUGAGACAAUUGAGCUAACUAAACCUCUAAGUGGUGGUCUUGGCUUCAGUGUUGUGGGACUCAAGAGUGAAAACAGGGGAGAACUGGGAAUAUUUGUGCAAGAAAUUCAAGAGGGAAGUGUGGCACAUCGAGAUGGAAAGCUGAAGGAAGCAGAUCAAAUCCUUGCUAUUAAUGGACAAGCCCUUGAUCAGACAAUUACACAUCAACAGGCUAUCAGCAUCCUACAGAAAGCAAAAGAUAACGUCCAGCUAGUCGUGGCCAGAGGCAGUUUCCCUCAGCUCAUAAGUCCUGUAGUUUCCCGGUCUCCUUCUGCUGCUAGCACAGUUUCAGCCCAUUCCAACCCGGUUCACUGGCAGCACGUGGAGACCAUAGAGUUGGUGAAUGAUGGAUCAGGUUUGGGAUUUGGGAUAGUUGGAGGAAAGUCAACUGGAGUGAUUGUUAAAACCAUCCUCCCAGGAGGGGUAGCUGAUCAGCAUGGGAGACUGUGUAGUGGAGACCACAUCUUGAAAAUUGGUGAUACUGACUUGGCUGGAAUGAGCAGUGAGCAGGUGGCGCAAGUUCUGAGGCAGUGUGGAAAUCGAGUGAAACUGGUAAUUGCGAGAGGUCCUAUUGAGGAGCCACCUCCACCAGCAGUCCCACCAGGUACUCCAGUACCCAUCUCGACACCAGAGAAACAGGCAGAUGCUUCUGUUGAUAGUUGUGAAGAUGGGGAGAAAUUUAAUGUGGAACUCACUAAAAACAUCCAGGGAUUAGGAAUAACUAUUGCUGGUUACAUUGGAGACAAAACAUCAGAACCUUCUGGUAUCUUUGUGAAAAGCAUUACGAAAGGCAGUGCUGUUGAACAUGAUGGCAGAAUACACGUGGGAGAUCAAAUUAUAGUUGUGGAUGGAACAAAUCUUCAGGGUUUUACUAACCAGCAAGCAGUUGAUGUUUUGCGACAUACAGGACAAACAGUUCGGCUCACUUUGAUCAGAAGAGGGCUUAAGCAGGAGAAUCUUAUUCAGCCCCAGGAGGAGUUCAAUGCUGCUGCUGAAAGGGACUUACUGUUACAAACAAUGGAUAGUGGCACAGCCAAAGAUAACAAUGAAACAGAACAGGGAUCUCCAUCAUUGCCAUGCAGUCCCAGUGCAGUAAAUAUUGGAGAGGACAUUAAACAACAAGAAACAGAUUUUCAGCUAACUACUACAGAAGAAGCGGCUACAAAGGCAAAGUGGCAGAGGAUUAUGGGUUCAAAUUAUGAAAUAGUGGUGGCUGUAGUUAGCAAAUUCAGCGAAAGCAGUGGGCUAGGGAUAAGCCUUGAAGCUACAGUGGGGCAUCAUUUUAUCAGAUCUAUCCUACCAGAAGGCCCAGUUGGACGAAGUGGCAAGCUGUUUAGUGGAGAUGAGCUUCUGGAAGUGAAUGAGAUCUCUUUGCUUGGAGAAAACCACAAGGAUGUGGUGAAUAUCUUGAAAGAACUGCCAAUUAAGGUGACAAUGGUAUGCUGUCGUCCAGUGGCUCCCCCUAUCAGUCAUCCAGAAGUACUGGAUGGUCUAAGUCUAUCUGAGGUUCAGCUCACAGAAAAGGCUCAUGUCGAACUUGGUUUCAUUGGCUCCUCAGACACAGAGGGAACAACUCUGGAAAUGGCUGAUGAGUCUCAGAGUAUGGAAGAGGUGCAGAGCUCUUCUUUGGCAAUGUGGGAAACAGAAGUACAGCACAUUGACCUGGAGAAGGGGAGUACGGGUCUUGGAUUUAGCAUACUGGACUACCAGGAUCCUGUUGACCCAGCAAACACCGUAAUUGUAAUUCGCUCAUUAGUUCCUGGUGGUGUGGCUGAGCAAGAUGGCAGACUUCUUCCUGGAGAUCGGCUUAUGUUUGUCAAUGAUAUCAACCUGGAAAAUGGCAGCCUGGAGGAAGCAGUGCAAGCACUGAAAGGAGCCCCAACAGGAACAGUUAAAAUAGGAGUUGCCAAACCACUGCCUCUUUCACCAGAAGAGGGCUAUGUCUCUGCUAAGGAAGAUUGCUUUUUCUACACUGCCCAGUCAUUUGAGGAGGAGGGGCCAGCUGAUGCAGCCCUCUUCCAUGCUGAUCUAGCUCUGGUGGACUCUGGAGAGGCAGAUCUAGCGGAUGAAUCCACCUUUGAAUCUCAGUAUUCUCCGGAGAGUGACACGUUCCAGGCUUCAGUGUUAGCUCUGCAUGGCAGCGCCUGUAGUGAUGAGCUGAACUACACCCUCUCCCUUCCCUCGUCAGCUCCCAAGGCUGUUGGAGAGGAAUUUUUAAAUGCAGCAGCUGAUUACCAUAUAUCCAACAAGAAUCUGUACAACAUGGAUCUGAGUGAAAGAGUGAGAGAGCAAAAAUCUGUAGCAGGCAAAAAUCUGGAAACUGCAGCUGCUUUUACUAAAAAGGAUUUUUUGCCUCUGGAUGUUUCUGUUAUCAACCAAAAUGAAAGUGAGAAUACAGAAGCUUGGGCUGGAUCUCAGACAACAGCAGAAUUUGUACAAAGUACAAGCCUAGCUACUACCAUGCAGCUUGAUGGCACUGGAAAAGAUCAAGUGCUCUCAGUGGAAAAGGGCUGCUCAGUAUCCGUGGAGGGAAGUUCCACAACCCCAAAUUCAGUCAAAAAUAUGUAUGAGAAGACCAUCACUAUUGCAAAAGGCAAUUCAAGUCUAGGGAUGACAGUAAGUUCCAAUAAAGAUGGCUCAGGAAUGAUAGUCCGUAGUGUCAUCCAUGGAGGCUCGAUAAGUCGUGAUGGACGGAUUGGUGUGGGAGACUGCAUCCUGUCCAUUAAUGAAGAGUCAACCACUAACUUAACCAAUGCACAGGCCCGAGCUAUGUUAAGAAGGCAUUCGCUUAUUGGACCAGAUAUCAAAUCUUCUCCAGCACCUGCUGAUGAUCAGGCCCUCUUUUAUGUUAUUACAUAUGUGCCAGCAGAAAAUUUAGAAGAGUACAGAGCCAGUUUGGAUCAACAGACAGAGGAAACUGUGCCUGUUGAACUUUUUCCUUCACAUACAGUCAGCAGGGAAAUCCCAGAGCUUCCAGAACGUGAAGAGGGGGAGGGAGAAGAAAGUGAACUUCAAAAUGCGACUUUCAAUAACUGGAACCAGCCCAGAAAGGUUGAACUUUGGAGAGAGCCUAGCAAGUCACUGGGGAUCAGCAUUGUUGGAGGACGAGGGAUGGGAAGCCGCCUGAGUAAUGGGGAAGUGAUGAGAGGGAUCUUUAUCAAACACAUCUUGGAGGACAGCCCAGCUGGCAAAAAUGGAACGCUGAAAACAGGGGAUCGGAUUGUGGAGGUGGAUGGAAUUGAUCUCAGAGAUGCCAGCCAUGAACAAGCUGUGGAAGCCAUACGGAAGGCAGGCAAUCCUGUAGUCUUUAUGGUACAGAGCAUUAUAAGCAGACCAAGGCCAGAGUCUCUUUAUAGCCCUUCAUCAGCUUCUGCUCCCUGUGGGCAGAAAACUACUAACCCAUUUUAUCAUCAGUCAUCAAAGAACCCUUCCCAGCCUUUCCUGCAGAACAGUCUUUUCUGUAGGUCAGCUGUCUUCAGCAGCACUAACCCGUUUGCUGAUUCUUCUCAGUUCAACACUAACAAGGAGAUAUCGAAUCCAGUUAGGGUUACCUUCCGUUGUUCCCCAACUAACCCUUUUGCUCCCACACCAUUCAAGGCAUUCAGUCAGUCAGAUUCAGAGCCAGAAAAGACUUCAUUUUGUAACUUGCCUCUGCCCCCUCCUCCAGCAUUCUCAGGAAUGAGCUGUGAUGUUACACAGUCAUCUUCGAGCAAAGUCCAAGAAGAUGUGGAGAAAGAGGAUGAGUUCGGUUACAGCUGGAAAAAGAUCAUGCAGCGCUAUGGAAAUCUACCAGGGGAGCUACACAUGAUUGAACUGGAAAAAGGAAGGACAGGUUUGGGACUUAGUCUUGCUGGUAACAAAGACCGAUCCAGGAUGAGUGUCUUCAUAGUGGGAAUUGAUCCAAAUGGAGCAGCUGGCAAAGAUGGCAGGUUACAGAUUGCAGAUGAGUUGCUGGAGAUAAAUGGGCAAAUGCUCUAUGGAAGGACUCACCAGAAUGCUUCAUCAAUAAUUAAAUGUGCACCAUCUAAAGUAAAAAUAAUCUUUAUCAGAAAUAAAGAUGCAGUAAAUCAGAUGGCCGUUUGCCCUACAAAGUCAAUAGAGGCUUGUGCUUCAGGGACUCUUCAAAACCAAGAGAUUGAUCCCUGUGCUGGAAACUCCAGUGUUAGUUCUGACUUCAGUUCGUAUAAAAACAUUCAGUACGUGGAACUCCCUAAGGAUCAAGGAGGUUUGGGAAUUGCCAUUAGUGAAGAAGACACAAUUAAUGGAGUAGUUAUUAAGAGCUUAACAGAUCAUGGUGCAGCAGCAAAGGAUGGAAGAAUCAAAGUUGGGGAUCAGAUCCUGGCAGUGGAUGAUGAAAUUGUUGUGGGCUAUCCAGUAGAAAAGUUUAUCAGUCUCCUGAAGACAUCCAAAACCAUGGUGAGGCUUACAGUCAACUCAGCACAGGCAGGUAGCCUGACUACAACAUCAGUCAGCACUGCCCCAGCAGAGAGGAGGAAUAUCCAACCACCAGCAACUGUCCCCUCGUCCAGCUCACCUGAACCAGAAGCAGUCAAAAGUACAAGCAGAUCUUCAACUCCAGCCACACUAGCUUCUGACCCCGCUACUUGUCCCAUUAUUCCUGGUUGUGAAACAACCAUUGAUAUCUCCAAAGGACGGACUGGUCUUGGUCUGAGCAUUGUUGGAGGAGCAGACACUUUGCUGGGAGCAAUCAUUAUCCAUGAAGUAUAUGAAGAAGGAGCAGCAUCAAAAGAUGGGAGACUGUGGGCUGGAGAUCAGAUAUUGGAGGUGAAUGGGAUUGACCUCAGGAAUGCCACACAUGAUGAAGCAAUAAAUGUCCUCCGGCAGACUCCCCAAAAAGUUCGUCUGACGGUGUACAGAGAUGAGGCCCAGUACAAGGAGGAAGAUAUGUAUGAUGUACUCAUUAUAGAGCUCCAAAAGAAGCCUGGCAAAGGCCUUGGCCUGAGUAUCGUUGGGAAAAGAAAUGAUACGGGGGUGUUUGUGUCAGACAUCGUCAAAGGAGGAAUAGCAGAUACAGAUGGGAGAUUGAUGCAAGGAGAUCAGAUACUGACUGUGAAUGGAGAAGAUGUUCGAAAUGCUAACCAGGAGGCUGUUGCAGCUUUGCUAAAGUGUUCAUUAGGUACAGUGAGACUAGAGGUUGGAAGAAUAAAAGCUGGUCCAUUCCACUCUGAGAGGAGAACGUCCCAGAGCAGCCAGGUCAGUGAAGGAAGUGGCAGUCUCUCGUCCUUCAGCUUUCCAGUUUCUGGUUCAAGUGCACCUGAGGUCUUUGAAAGUGGUCUGAAGAAAAAUACCUCAGCUUCUGAAAUACAGGGAUUAAGAACAGUUGAGAUAAAAAAGGGCCCUGCAGAUUCACUAGGAGUGAGCAUUGCUGGAGGUGUAGGAAGUCCCCUUGGAGAUGUUCCUAUAUUUAUCGCCAUGAUGCAUCCAAAUGGAGUUGCAGCUCAGACUCAGAAACUCAGAGUCGGGGACAGGAUCGUUAGCAUCUGUGGAACAUCUACUGAAGGCAUGACUCACUCCCAAGCUGUUAGCCUCUUAAAAAAUGCUUCAGGCACUAUUGAGUUGCAGGUUGUAGCUGGAGGAGAUGUGAGUGUCAUAACUGGUCAGCAGCAGGAGCCGCCUACGUCCAGUCUUACAUUUGCAGGACUAACUUCCACCAGUAUUUUUCAGGAUGAUUUAGGGCCUCCUCAGUACAAGACCAUUACUCUGGAUAGAGGACCAGACGGUCUAGGCUUUAGUAUUGUGGGAGGAUAUGGCAGUCCUCAUGGAGACCUACCCAUUUAUGUGAAGACAGUAUUUGCAAAGGGUGCAGCUGCAGAAGAUGGACGCCUGAAGAGGGGAGAUCAAAUCAUUGCUGUGAAUGGGCAGAGUUUAGAAGGGGUGACCCAUGAGGAGGCGGUUGCUAUUCUGAAAAGGACGAAAGGAACAGUCACUUUGACUGUAUUGUCAUGAACUAGCUGCUGAAAGGGGUAGGAUUGACAAGACUAUAUUAUUUACAUUCUGCUUAGCAAAGAGAAUGGAAAUGUUUGUACUUGCUCUUAAAAGUACAAAUGUUCUUGCUCUUCCCACUUCACAGGACUGUGUUACGUCACUGAAGAAAAUUAACAUUUAACCAUAUUUUUGUAUGCAAUAGAAGGAUUUCUCCUACUGUCAAACCAUUGGGAUGGAGCUAUGUCACCUAUGGCAAAGACAUGAAUAUUUUUUCCUAGUGAUAUUGUAAUGAAUACUUGUCAGCCACUAAAAAAAUGUUUUCAUUAAUAAUCUCACAACAAAAUUUAAAUGUCUUGCUAAGAGGCUUUGAAUAUUUUAAAUAUGUGCAAACAAUAAAGUCCCUGAAUUAACAAGGGGAUGGCGUGGGCAGAAGUAGUCAGAAAACAGAAAUAGGAUUAUUGGAGAAAGAAAGUAUUAACAAAAUACGGAAUUUGGGAAAUGGGAGUAAAAGUGUAUAAUGUGGAGGCACAUAAUUAAUGGACUUACUUGUGUGGCUUUUUUUCCUAUUACUGUACAAUGACCAAGCAGAAGGAGUUGGGAGGGGAUUUUUUGUUGUGUUUAGGUUUGUUUUUUGCUCAUGUUUGAAUUGUUUUGGAUGGUGGAGAUUUGUUCUCAGGCUGAGAAAUUUAUUUGCUAGUGGAGACUCAUCCUGGUGAGUGAGAGUGCCCAGCAACUGCAGAAUUAGAAAGAUUAAACUUUUCAAAACAGUAUUUUUUUUCUAGUCUAUGUGGUUGUGAAAGCAACCUCCCUAGCGUGAAAUGUGUGUAAGCAAAGGUUGUCCUCUUGCAAUAGGCAAGGCUAAAUACUGUCUUAGUGCCGAGGUUUCUGAUUGCUGCUUGAAUCAGAGCCGUGAACAAAACACUCAGGACAUACUUACUUAGCUGAAUAUACAGCCUUGUGGAUAUAGGUUAAUGCAAUGCAGAAGAUGUUAGUGUUACAGUGUUGCUUAUCAUUACAAAAUAAAUAGCAGCAAAGAUAAGGUCCUUCCUAGACUGAGGAGGGCUAUAACCAGGGGUUGAUGGUGGGUAGAGGGCUGAAGAUCAGUUCCAGUGGAGAAGAGGGGACCAGUGAGACAGCAGUGAAAGUCUUUGCAUCAGCAUCAAGCAGUAGAGGACAACUGAGGGUCA